AACUUUAUAAAAUGGAGAAUGGUGGUUUUCGGUUGACGAUUCGCUAGCGACAGUUCUUUGCAGCUGUUCCAAAUUGAUUGUUGUAUUGUAGUUACUCACGUUUCCUAGUUACUAUUCUUUAUAAUGUAAUGUUACAAGGUUUUUUAUCCGUAUUUUAGACAACAUUGAAUCUGAUACGAAAAUUUUACAAUACGCGAACAAAAGGACAAAAGACUUUCCGUGACGUAACUGGAUAUUCUCGUGAAACGCGUCCAAAUAACUGUACAGUGAAUUACAUGUGUUAACGAAGGUCGCCCCGGCCGAUGGUUGUUAAAUUUGUGUAAUUGCGUAACGGAAAACGCACGAAAUGUGGGAAGUGGACUCUGACUCCGGGUCGCAGAGCGCCUCGUCGGACGGGCUUCGACGACGGCAGGGAUGGGACCCGGAGGCUGAGAGCCUGGCUUCUCAGAUCGACGAACUCGAUGAAGUCCUCGCGGAGGAGGAGGAGGGAUGUCCGCUGCCCUCCACGCCGGAGGAUCAGCAUCUGCUCGACGCGGAGAUGGCAGAGGUUCUGAAAGCUGGCGUGCUGUCGGACGAGAUCGACUUGGGCGCGCUAGCUCACAACGCCGCCGAACAAGCGGAGGAGUUCGUGCGAAAAGUGUGGGAGGCUUCGUGGAAUGUCUGCCACUUCAGACACCUGCCGCGUUGGCUGCAAGACAACGACUAUUUACACAAGGGCCACAGACCGCCGCUGCCGUCCUUCAGCGCGUGCUUCGCGUCCAUAUUUCGUAUUCACACCGAAACUGGCAACAUCUGGACGCACCUGCUCGGCUGCGUAGCUUUCAUAGGCGUCGCGAUCUACUUCCUCACGCGUCCAUCCAUCGAAAUACAAAUGCAAGAAAAAAUGAUCUUUGGAGUGUUCUUCGUCGGUGCGAUUGUGUGUCUUGGGUUCUCGUUUGCGUACCACACGCUGUAUUGUCACUCGGAAAUGGUCGGCAAACUGUUCUCUAAAUUGGACUACUGCGGGAUAGCUCUGCUCAUUAUGGGAUCCUUUGUUCCUUGGCUGUAUUACAGUUUCUACUGCCACUAUAGACCUAAAAUUAUAUACCUAUCUGUAGUAAUUGUGCUAGGUAUAUUGUCUAUAAUAGUGUCACUUUGGGAUCGGUUCUCAGAGCCGCGUCUCCGUCCUCUGCGUGCUGGGGUGUUCAUGGGCUUCGGUCUGUCAGGUGUGGUUCCGGCGAUCCAUUACGGUAUCACUGAAGGUUGGUUCGAUCAAGUCAGCAAGGCGUCCCUCGGUUGGCUAGUGCUAAUGGGUUUGUUGUACAUUUUGGGUGCAAUGUUCUACGCUCUCAGAGUGCCUGAACGCUGGUUCCCAGGGAAGUGUGACAUCUGGUUCCAAUCUCACCAGAUAUUCCACGUUCUGGUGAUUGUGGCAGCCUUCGUCCACUACCAUGGCAUCAGUGAGCUGGCGUCCUAUAGAGUUACGGUUGGGGAGUGUUCAAUGCCCCCCUCCUCUAUUGCAUUCUAGCCUCACCCCCCACUAAUUGUGAUAGUAGACCAUAGACGAUAAUCUUAAGUAGGAUACAAACGUUAAAAUAGUUUCAUUGGAUAUUUUUUUAACAUAAAAUUAAUACUGACACAAUUUUCUAAGUUUUUUACAAAAACCCAUAUGCAGUGAGGCUGUUAACAAUGUUUGAAACUAAUGUGUAAUGUUGUUAUUUCCAUUAUGGGGUUAAAACAAGAUAAAUUACACAAUUUUGGCCUUAUCUAUAAACAUUAAUUAGGUAUAAGUAGAUUACUUUACUGUAAAAUAAAAUUAAGAAAAUAUACAAAAAAAAAUCUGUUUUACACUGAAGCAAUUUGUUGCACAUUUUUUUAAUGUUUUUAGGUAAAGCCAUUUAAGAUUAUUGUUUUAAUUAUUUAUUAUAGAUUUAUUUUUCUCUAGUUAAUAAUUUUUAUAUCUUUUAGUUCUUGCACUAGAUACUAAACUAAAUCACCAUCUUUAAAAAUUAUUGUCUUUUCUAAAAAUUUAGUUUUUCUUAAAUCUUUCUAGGAUAUAUGUACUUAAUUUUCAGUACCACCCUUGCUGUUUAUUUUUUAACAAGAGCUAAGAACUUAUGCCCUCUUUUUUUUAAUUUCUCUGGUUUUACUUCUAUGAUCAGAGAUAUCCAAGCAUCUAAUUAAUAUUUAUGUUAAUGAAAAAAUUUAAUAGAAGUAAAAAAUAUUGAUAGAACUCUAAAAUAUAAAUUUAUGAAAAUUAAAAAAAUCUAAAAACAAUGAUAUUUGUUGUAUUUUUGUUGCUUGAAUUCUUUUCUAAUAAUUUAUUAGUUAUUUAUGGCACUUUAUAAUUACUUUUUCAAUCUGUGCAGGACUUUAUGAUCAGUAUUUUGCUACAUUCAAUUAUUGUAAUAACAGAAUCUCUAUUUAUGAUUAUUUUAGGUGUUUAGUGCAGUGUGUUUGUUAAACAUAAAGUUAUGCAGAAUAUUUCUUAAUAUAUUACCUAUUUGUUUACAUACAUUCCAUGGAGAGAUUAAAAUUAAUUUACACCACCAUAAAUAACUGCACCAAAGAGAUCUCUCUUUAAGCAAGUUAGAUAAUAUUUUUUUUUAAAUAAGUAAUUGGCAAACUAAAGAAAUAGGGCAUUAAAGUUUUUAUAAUCUAUAUAUAUAUAUCUUUGUAUCUUUCUUAUAAUUUAUGUAUAUGUAUAUUAAUAAUAAUAAAAAGUAUAUUCUAAAUUGUUAUAAGUGUUCAUAAAUAUAAAUAUUUUACGGAAACAAUAAUAAUAAUAAUAAAAUUGUAAAUAUCAAAAAGCUGAGCUCUGAAAGCCUAGAUAAGUACAUUAUUUUGAGAAAAUGAAAAUUACAGAAAUUAGAAUUAGAUAAACUGGGUUGUAAUGAAUAUCUACACGUUUUUAUUAAUAAUUAUAUAAUAAUUUAAAGUUCCAUCAUUUCAUUGUCAUAUAAACUAUAUUUUGCCUAACCUAACCUAACCUAACAUUUUAGAUGAAAAAUAAAAAAAUUGUAGGAAAAGCUUAAAUAUAGGGUAUAAGUUCUUUUAAGGCAAUCUGUGUGUUCUUAUUGUGGUUUAACAAUGUUUUAAACGUUUAUGUUUGGGCCUUUUUCUUUUUUCAGUUAUAUCCACAUCUAGGUCAAAAGUCCUAACUACUUACAACUAGGUUAGAUGUUCCAGGGUCAUACAAAGGACCUGGUACACACUGCAUGCAUGAAAUGAAUAUUCCUCCCUAAAACAAUCAUACUGGAAGAAAUUAUUUGCGAUGGAGAGAAUUUGCCUUCAUAAUGGUAUUGUUGUUAUUGAGUCCCCAUUUUGAUUGUAAUUGUUUUCUCAAGUGAAUACUGAUGUGCAUUGUUCUGGUUAUUUGUAUAAAAAGUGUCCCCUAAAAAUAUCUUGUUCAAUACAGUUGCCACCUCCCAUAAAUUGUUUUCAGGCUAAGUACUCGAGCACAAAGCAUUUUUUAGUAACACAUUCUAAAGUUAACUAUAUAAAAUAUAAAUAAAAUUAAUUUAGUUCACAUUUCUAUUGAUAUCAUUAAUCUAUAUUCAUUACAACUCUAAUAAAAUAGGGAGUAAUAAUAAAAAAAAUAUUAUACUAUAAGUGUAACUUUAAAAGGGCUCAGGCUUUUUUUGUAUAUCUUUGCACGGCACUUAUAAUUUCACAGUGUAUGUAAAUUUACGUUUUUUAAACACAUUUGAUUUUAAGGUUGAUUAUUUAUUGCAGGACUGUAUGGUAGAUUUUUUGCAUAUCAAACGAUUUAGAAGGAAAAAUUAUAGAGAUCAAAAAUUAGAAUAUAUUGGAUAUAAUUGACAAAAAAGACAAUAUUUUUCAUAAUAUGUAUGUAUGUAAAGUUAAUAACUAAGAGUUCAUUUUAUGUCUGAUAGAGGUAGAUCAUAUUUUUGGUUGAUUGUUACUUUGAAAGUGGUGAAAUUAUUUGUUGUUUUAAUCUAAAUGUUAUGUGAACAAUUUUAUUUUUUAGUGUAAAUCGCUGUCUGUUUCUCUUUAAUUGUUGGAUACUUUUUGAUAGGUUGAUGGGUUUAUAUUAUGAUUAUGCAAUAAAAAUUAAAUUAAAAAGCAA